AUGGCCGAUGAGGACGACAAGGACAGCAAAACCGAGGAACCGACCGAGAAGAAGAAGCAGGAUGCCAUCGAAAAGGGGCAGACUGCCUUCUCCAAGGAACUGCCGGUCCUGUUCACGCUGACCGCGAUCACCGCGAUCAUCGGCUUUGCGUCAAACGCGCUGACGGCGAACCUGAAGACCCAGCUCGAGAUCCUGCUCGACCGGGCCGGCCAGUAUUCCCUGGCGACCACCGCCGACACGAUGACCGUCAUGACCCGCUACUUCGAGGUCACCAUGGUCAUUCUGGCGCCGGUGCUGCUCGGGCUCGCCUUUGCGGGUCUCGCCGGAUCGUUCGCGCAGAACCCGCCGCGCAUCGUCUUCAAGCGCAUCAAGCCCGAACUGUCGCGCAUUUCGCUGAAGAAGGGCUUCGAGCGCAUGUUCGGCGCCAAGGGCUGGGCCGAAUUCUUCAAGGUGCUGGCCAAGAUUGCCUUUACCGGCGGCUGCGUGGUGGCCUUUGCCGGCGGAAUCAUGCCGGUGCUCGCAGAAGGGCCGAUCACCAGUUCCGAGAUCUUUCUGGCGCAGGUGGCACGCAUCCUGUUCGGGCUUUUGUUCACCAUGGUUCUGGCCAUGGCCGUGAUCGCGGUGGCCGACCUUUUGUGGACCAACCGCGAAUGGCUCAAGGAUCUGCGCAUGUCGCACAAGGAGAUCCGCGACGAGCACAAGCAGGCCGAGCGUGACCCGCUGAUGAAGGCGCGCAUGCAGUCGGUCGCGCGCGAGCGGGCACGCAAGCGGAUGAUGGGCGCGGUCCCGAACGCGACGCUGGUGCUGACGAACCCGACCCACUACGCGAUCGCGCUGCGCUACAACCCGCCGACCGACCCCGCGCCGGUCGUGGUGGCCAAGGGCCAGGACCUGAUCGCCCAGCGCAUCAAGGAAAUCGCCGCCGAGAACGAGGUGAUGGUGCACGAAAACCCGCCGCUGACGCGGGCCAUGUACAAGGCGGUCGGCAUCGAUCAGACGAUCCCGCCGGAAUUCUUCGAGGCGGUGGCCGAGAUCAUCGUCUACCUGAACAAGAAGAAGGCGUGA